AUGCGGUACCUCCGGUCCAAGCACAUUCGCAAGGCGCUGCGCCAGUUCCAGUUCCUCUGCGGCAUCAAGCCGCCGUACAAGGUGCUUCUCGAUGGUAACUUUAUCGCCAUGUGCAUCAAGAUGAACGUGGACAUUGCGACGCGCGUGCCCAAGUUUCUCCAGACCGACAAGUGCCACUUCUUCGUGACGUCGGCCGCGAUCGCUGAGCUCUCGCUGCUCAGCAGCAGCGACAAGGACAUGCUCGCCGCGCAUACGCUCGCCAAGACCUUCCAGACGGUCGAUGGCCCCUCCAACAAAAGCGUGACCGACGCCAUGCUCAGCGCGAUCGGCGACCGCAACGACCGCAAGUACAUUGUGGCCACGCAGGAAACCGAGCUGCGGAGCGCGCUGCGCCGCGUGCCCGGCGUGCCGCUCAUCUACCUCAACCGAUCGGUGCUCGUCUUUGAAGACAUGUCGGACGCGACCCUCAAGAUCUCGCGCAAGGACGACCACGCGAAGAUGACCAAGCUCAACCCGGACGAGGCCUCGACGCUCGAGGCCGUGCGCGCCGAGUCGCGUAUCACGGCCCACAUCGACGACGGCUCCAAGCCGCGAGCGCCCAAGAAGGCCAAGGCGCCGAACCCGCUCUCCAUGAAGAAGAGCACCAAGAAAAAAGUCCGCACCAAGAAGCCCAAGGCGGCCUAA